AUGCACAGAGAGAAUUAUUUUUCCAAAAUGGCCUUCUGCCUUUUGGGCGUCCUGUUUCUUUCAUGUAUAACCAGCGUGCAGACUGUGAGUGGGGAUGCGGCGUCGCACGAAGAGCGCAUGAAUAACUACCGAAAGCGUGUUGGUCGUCUCUUUAUGGAACAAAAGGCGGCUCAGCCGGAUGCCGUCAAGCUUCCAUCCGGUUUGGUUUUUCAGCGAAUUGCUCGUGGUUCCGGCAAACGCGCUCCUGCCAUAGAUGAUAAAUGCGAGGUGCACUACACGGGCCGCCUUCGCGAUGGCACCGUCUUUGACAGCUCACGGGAACGCGGAAAGCCCACCACAUUUCGCCCUAAUGAAGUUAUCAAGGGCUGGACGGAAGCGCUGCAGCUGAUGCGUGAGGGUGACCGUUGGCGCCUCUUCAUCCCCUACGACUUGGCGUACGGUGUGACGGGAGGAGGCGGGAUGAUUCCCCCUUAUUCGCCCCUUGAAUUUGACGUCGAGCUCAUCAGCAUCAAGGACGGUGGUAAGGGACGUACAGCAGAGGAAGUGGAUGAAAUACUGCGGAAGGCCGAAGAAGACCGAGAAGACAUGUAA